AUGGAUAAAUCAAAUACUACUCAUGUCGAGGAUGGCCUCGAGUCCCUCGAAAUCACAUCAGACUACGACAAGGGCUUAAAGGUCGACCGCUCCAAAGUGAACGUCAGCGGCACAGUGCAGCUCACCGCUGGCAAGAUCGUUUACAUUCCAUCCCCCACCGCGGACCCCAGAGACCCUUUGAAUUGGAGCACAUGGCAGAAGAUACUAGUCAUGUGCUCAGUAUCACUCUUUUCCGUCGUGGCUCUGGGAAUGAUCAGCGGAUUUGGAGGCCUCCUCAGCAUGUACAUCCCCGAGUACUCCAAGCUCGGCAAGGGAUACACCGAGAUCGGCUACAUGCUCUCGCUGCCCAACAUGACCAUGGGCUUUGGCAACCUCUUUGGCAUGCCCAUCGCCAUCGCGGUCGGCCGCCGCAGUGUCCUGCUGUUCGCGACCGCCGUCAUGUGUGCCGCCAUCGCCUCGUGCGCCGCCGCGGGCACGGCCGCUGAGAACUACGACUGGCACCUCUGGUCCCGCCUGAUCAUGGGGGUGGCGGCGGGCCAGAGCGAGGCCCUGGUGCCCAUGAUCACGCAGGAGAUCUUCUUCCUGCACGAGAGGGCGCAGUACCUCAUGAUCCAGCAGACCAUCCAGACCAUCGUCGUGGCCGUGUUUGUGCUGUUUGCGAGCCCCAUCGCCGCCGCCAUCGGCACCGCCUGGUGGUACGGGCUGGGCUGCAUCAUGUGCGGCAUCUGCUUCGUGGUGGCGCUCUUCUUCCUGCCCGAAACAAAGUACUACCGUCCGCAGUCGGCGUACCAAGAGUCUGCCGCGUCCGGCAGCCAGACCGGGGGCGAGGACGGCGUCGAGGAUGGCUACCGCCUACAGACGGAGCGGCCGGCGCUCGACUUUGUGAACUUUGAGGCCCGCACCUUCAGGUCCGACAUGCGUCUGUGGAUCGGCAAACCCGAGUGGGACAAGGCUUGGGUCGUCUUCAGGGACGCCUGGACCAUGUUGCUCUUCCCCAACGUCCUCUGGGCCAUGCUUAUCAACGGCGUCACCCUAGGCGCCAACGUCGCGUUGAGCAUGAGCUACAGCCGAGUGGUAGAAUCGCCACCCUACAACUGGCCAUCAUCUUCUACUAGCUACUCCAACGCAGGGCAGAUUAUCACCUCAUUGGUUGCCCUGCCGGUCUACGGCUACGGUUCAGACUGGAUCAUCAAGUGGUUCGCCAGACGGCGAGGCGGCAUCCACGAGCCCGAGACGCGCCUGGUCCCCGUCUUCAUCCCCGUCUGCAUCGGCGUCUUCACCAUCGUGUUGUACGGCCAGGGCGCGGCGCACCCGGAGAACUACCACUGGUUCACGUACGUCUGGGCCCUGGCGGCCUACUUCUUCACCUUUGUCGGCGCAAACAUCGUGGCCAUCACGUACCUGCUCGACUCGUACCCGCAGCGCGCCAGCUCCCUGCUCAUCAUCGUCUGCGCCCACCGCGGCUUCCUCUCCUUCGGCGUCAGCUACCGCCUCUGGGACAUGGUUGACGCCAUGGGAUACGACGGCGCCUUUGGCAUGUUUGGCGCCCUCACGGGCUUCAUGGGCAUCCUGGCUGUCGUUUUGUUCUUCACGGGCAAGAGGAUCCGGCAGUAUACCGGUCGCUGGGUGGAGAUUAGGGAUAAGACUGACUGA